AUGGAAGAGGAGGUAGUUGUCUUGGAGGAGGAAGAUCCGGUAGUUGUCAUGGAGGAGGAGGUUAGUCAAGGUACCGUGAGAGGCAACAACAUGUUUAGCCGCAUGUACUCCAGGAAAGGACGUAAGAAGACAGUGUUGCCAGUUGUUCAGGAGUUGGAGGUGCCAGCCGUUACAUCGACAGUUGAUGACGUGGUUGACUUAGUCGUUAAGUCCACUAUUGGGGAAGUGGUGCAGCCGGAGUCAUUUCUUGAGCCCGAGGUGAUGGAUACUAUUGUUGAUCCGGUAUUUCAGCAGUCUUCGUCACCGGCCAUUGUGUUUGAUCCGGUAGUUCAGCAGAUGGAGUCGUCGGCCAUUGUGUCGACAUUUGAUAAAGUGGUGGUGUCGGAGUCAAUUGUCCAGCCUAUCGCCAUACAUUAUACCGACCUGGAUACAACAUUCCAUGAUGUGAUGCAAAUUGCUUUCCAGACCACUAUUGCUGCUGAAGAGAGUAUCGAGACAUCUCCGACUAUGAUACCUGUCAAGGCAACAACUGCUGCUUAG